CUUUGGUAUAUAUCAAACAAACGUGUGUGCGAAACGUCAAAAUUUCGAUCCGACCGGUGAAACAGAAAAAAAAACAACAACAAUGUUUAACGAUCUUGUCAGGUCGAGAAUUACGUGCAAAUCGAAUUUCCAACAAUGCCAAGUAUUCGAGAUUUUUUUAGCUUCCCUUGUUGUUAAAGAUGCCAUCGAAAAUGGCGAUUGUCACGAUGGAUAAACGUUGAAUAUAUGCAUUUUUGUUGCUCUUAUGAACCGACAGUUUCUUUUGCCGAUCUCGAAUGUUGUAGGUUACCAUGCCGCUGGACGAUGCCGAGCCACCUGACAAUCCUAUCGCCAAACACAAUGAUGUUACACUCUUGCAGACCUUAGACGAGGCUUCAGAAGACGUUAUGGGUUGUCUAUCCGUGAUGGUGAACGAUCAAGAUUCGGAGAACACCCAAAUUCAGGAGGUGAUCGUGGGUGACAAGCUUCUGGGCACGACUCUAACGGCGAUAACUUUGCCCGAUGGAACCCAAGCUUACGUGACGAACAAUUUGGACAGUGACGACACAGAGUACAAAGAAACUGGAAUGGAGCUUGAAAACGCGAGAGCCAUAUUGAUAAGAGACCUGUCAGAGUUUGGUGACGGCAAAAGCCAACAAUUCGAGCUCGAAAUUCCGACUUUUCUGCAAACUCAGGCUGGUACUUCGCAGGAUGCAGAAAAUACUUAUGUUCAACUGAUCGACGGCACGACUUAUAUGGUUACCGGUCAUGUCGACAUGGACGACGAUCUUUGGGAGAUUCAGGGUGCUAAAUUGAAGAAGGACAAAACCAGAAGUCAGCACCCCUGUCCUCACGAAGGAUGCGGCAAAGUUUAUAGCACACCCCACCAUCUCAAGGUCCACGAGAGAUCUCACACGGGGCAGCGUCCUUACAGGUGCACGCAUCCGAAGUGUAAAAAAACAUUUUCAACGGGUUACAGUUUGAAGGCUCACAACCGAACGCACACGGGUGAGAAACCGUACAAAUGUAUGACCGACUCCUGCGACAAGGGUUUCAAAACGUCGGGAGAUUUGCUGAAGCACGUGAGAACUCACACGGGAGAAAGGCCGUUUCUGUGUCCUUUCGACGGCUGCGGACGUUCCUUCACGACCUCGAACAUCCGUAAAGUUCACGUUCGAACUCACACCGGAGAGCGGCCCUACAAAUGCUCGCAGUGCGACAAGGCCUUCGCGAGUGCGACAAACUUCAAGAACCACGUCAGAAUUCACUCCGGUGAAAAACCUUACGCCUGCUCCGUCGAAAAUUGCGAUCGUCGCUUCACCGAAUAUUCUAGUCUGUACAAACAUCAGUUAGUCCACACCCAGCAACGACCCUUCGAGUGCAAAAUAUGCUUCAGAAGAUAUCGACAGAGCAGCACUCUCGUCAUGCACAAAAGAACUGCUCACGCUCUCAUCGAAGGCGACGACGGCGUCGACAUUUUUCUUACCGAUAAUUCCGAACAGCUGGAUUCUGAAAAUACUGACAGUCACGCCAGCAGCAGACAAAACGUGAGUUCCCGAAAGAAAAUAACGCUCGGCAAAGACGGUCAAAUUGAAAUAACCGAGGCGACCGAAGACUCGACCGACAACGAGACACAAAUUUUGCUCGUUGGCAACGCCGCUCAAAUCGCUGCCUUACAGCAGAUGAACUUGGAAGAGGAUUUCGAGAAUUCUCCCAUCGACACUUCCCUCGAAGCUCUCAAUAUCAAAAUCGAGGACAUGGAGUUCGGCUGGACGUAAAACAACAAAGCAAUACUAACUAAAUGUUGUUUUAUCGUUGUUUACUUAUUUUUAUUAGCGAAUAAGCAUGAGCCUAUCACAAACACACAAAUGGACGUUUAUGAAAUGAAGAAAAAUGGUGACGACCAUGGAUGGAGUUAUAUUUUAAUUGACGAACAAUAAAUAUUGAAAACUGGA